AGCUAGCUCGCUAGCUUCACAACACUCGCGGGUAACGUCAGCAACCAGCUGCCUGUUCUACUCGUCCAUUGCUUGUGUUCACCAUGGAUUUAAACGCCAUCCUGUCGCAGCUGGAAUCGAACAACGAGCAGGAAACCGAGGAGCUGCUGCGUCAGUACAACCGAGAGAACACACACAUCUUCACGUUCGACCCACAGGAAGAAGCCCUGCGGAGUAAGCUGUGUCAGAGUGUGCUGUCAGUGCUGGGGAGGCAGGUGCAGCCCGGCUGUCAGAAGACAUGUCUGGAGUCCCUCCGCAUCCUGUCCAGAGACAAGCGUGUCCUCGCCCCCGUGGCCACCCGGGAGGGCAUGCUGACCCUGGGGGGGCUGGCCAGGCUGUGUGCAGGAGAGGAAGGAGGUGACGACCAGACAAGCUCACAGGGAGACGCUUCGGAGGAGGAGGAGCGGGUGGUGGUGGAGGCGCUGAAGUGUCUCAGCAACGUGAUCCUCAACAGUCCGGCCGCCCAGCAGGUCAGUGUGGACGUGCAGCUGGUCAACGGCCUGUGUGCCAGCCUGCGCUCGGCCCGCACAUGGCACCACGAGGUGGGCCUGUUCACACUGCGCCUCCUCUUCCUGCUCUCCGCCCUGCGUCCCGAUGUCAGGGGGGUGCUGAGGAUAGAGAGGCACGCGGUGAAGCUGCUGACCGAGGUCCUGGAGCACACCCUGGACGUGCGCUGGGUCGGCCCCUAUGAGGCUGCUCCUCCAGAUCCGCAGGCGCUGCCCAUGCCUGCAGAGGACAACGAGCGAGCGAUGGAGGCACUGAAGGCCUUGUUCAACCUCACUUUGUGCGAUGCUGGGGAGGAGGAUGAUCACCAGUUGCGGCUAAUCACUGCCAUCCUGCGUCAUCUGUUGAUGCUGAGGACUGAGACGGAGGAGAAAACAGAGGAGGCCCACAGCCAUGCUGUCAACUUGCUUAACAACCUGCCCGUGUCCUGCCUGGAUGUGUUAAUCGAAGUGCCUGUCCAGGGUGGACAUGAGAAAUAUGGUGGGAAAAACAUGGAUGCAGUUCAGAUGUUACUGGAUUUCAUGGAGAAAAGGAUCGACAAGCAGGGCUCCAACUACAAAGAGGGGCUCACUCCGGUGCUCAGCCUUAUGACUGAAGGAUCCAGACAACACAGAGAGUUCCGCAGAUAUAUCAAAACUCAGGUACUCCCCCCACUGAAAGAAGUGAAAGUCCGGCCAGAGAUUGGCACCACCGUCAGAAACAAGUUGGUUCGCCUUAUGACUCAUGUCGACAUGGGUGUGAAGCAGAUGGCUGCAGAGUUUCUCUUCGUUCUCUGCAAAGAGAGCGUGGACAACCUGCUGAAGUACACAGGAUAUGGAAACGCAGCAGGACUCCUGGUGGCUCGAGGACUUCUUGCAGGAGGGAGAGGAGAGACUCAGUACUCCGAUGAUGAAGACUCGGACACAGAAGAAUACAAGACUGCCAAACCCUUCAUCAACCCCAUCACUGGUCACGUGGAGGAGCCCAUGACGAACCCCAUCGAGGAGAUGACGGAGGAGCAGAAGGAGUACGAGGCCCAGAAACUGGUCAAUAUGUUUGACAAGCUGUCAAGGCAGAACCUGAUUCGGCCCAUGGGCGUCAGGCCGGACGGGACGUUAGCUCCUCUUGAAGAAACGCUCUGUGACCCGUCUGAAGACAACUCAGGAUCAGACUCUGACUAGUGCUCUGCACAGCCGAGGCCACAUUUUCCAGACUCAGCCCAGCAGGCCCCAACACAUCUAAAGCUGUGUCCCAUUUCAAGGGCUUGGAUCUUUUGAAGAGUUGCACCAUGAAGGGGGGUCCUUCAGAGAACCUAUAAGCUGAACCUCUAAAAGAGAAAGUCUAAACGUCACAGACACACAGAGUAUAGAGCAGUCACAAAAUAAAAAGUACAGGUGCUGGAUCAGAAAGCAUUUCAUUUUAAGUUGUAGUCAGACAAAACACCCACUAUACUGUUCUGAUAGCUCCCUAUAAAUUAAGUUUAUUUAAAUUGACAGCCAUCAGUAUUGUGGAUGAUUUAUCUGACUUCUACUCACAGAAACCCAAACUAACAGCAGCUUCACUUUUCAACACAGUUCAGUUCAUCACCAGGAAGUUGCCCCAAAUUAGCGGAGCGGAGUUAACACUACAGGUUCUGAUGUUCAGGUAAUUCAGGUGAUGUGGUCAAGUCAUAUUCUGCAAUUUUGUGAAGGCAACAUGGUUAAACCACGUCAAACAAUUGACCAACCUGCAGUGGAUUGUGGGAAACAGAGGCCUGCAAAUACAUUGUCCUUUUCUCAGCCUAAUUCAAAGAGUAUCUAAUGGAAUUUGGGUCGAAUUUUCCGCCUGUCGCAACUUCUUCAGUUCAGAAAAACAACUCCUGAUGACGGAGCCCUGAAGUGGGACACAGCUGAUUUCACAGGAGACUUUUGGGGCCGUGUUGCUGCCGUAAGCACUUCUUUAAAGCCGAAGUGGACUUGAUGCGUGAUGCACCACAAAGCAUCGGAGGUCUCCGUGGUUACUGUUGCACCUUCAUCGCUUAUUUUCCGGCUCCCUGAGUUGAGUGGGUAAAGGUAAUAUCAUACAUUUUGCUGGAUCUUGUGUUUCUCAUUGAAAACACUGUUGUCCUGGUUUUUUAAGUGUAAUUGAAUCUAAAUUAACAUUCCUCCACAUGUGCUUCUUGUUUCUCACUUUAUUUCUUAAUUUGUUUCUGCUACAUGUUCUGUCUGCUGUUUGUAUUUGGAGAUAAUUCAAGUGCACAUAAUACAACACACAUUAAACAUGAACUUAUGACAGUGAAUUUUCUCCUGGGUUUAAAUCACGUGGCCUGUCCGGACCGGACCUGAGGAUUGAUGUCCGUGUGGAUAGUUUGAACUCGCAGCUCACAGCGAGUCUUUAUUAGUUUGUGUAAUUAUCAUGAAUGCUGCACAUCAGUUAGUAGCCAAGGAAACUUUCUGAAUUCGGGGCUUGUUGGCUCGCUGUUACGUCACUGGAAGGUGUUUGGUGCAAGAAGUGAAUUCAAAUUGUUUUGAAUGGAUGGUACAACACUAGUUAACAAAUUGUUUUCAAAGAAUUGAUUUUCUUAUCUACAUUUCUCUUGCCAAAUCUGCAUGAUGUUAAAUCCGUUUGAGUAAUGUGAUUUGUUUUCUAUAUUGAAAUAUUUGCUAAUUUUAUAAAAAAUCCAGUUAAGUCUAUAUAUAUAUAUAAUUUCUUUUUGUUGGUACACUUUGAUUAAAACCAAUAAAGUGCCAUCUCUGAAGUCAGAUGCGUGUUAGGAUACUCAACAGAUUUGGCCUCCGAGCUACAAUCUUUGGUUCUUUGUGGCUAAAGGAAUACAAAUUUAUCGCUGAUUACAAUCCAAAGAAACUGAAUGUUGCUUAAACCAGAGAACAUGUUUCAUGAUCACAUACUGUGGUGACGGCUCAGUUGUUAAAUCCUGAGCCCACUUUACACCUGGCCUGUGAAUCACCACUACUGUCUCCUCACAUAAACUAAUGUGGAUAAUGUGACUGAUUAAAGAGAAAACGUGUCUUAGGAAGGUUUAAGGCUGAACAGCUUCAAUGCAUCAUGUCUGCAAAGGCAUAAAAGUCGCACAAUUUCGAUUGUUAUCAAACCAUCCAGUGGCCAUUUGUUUUGUUUCCCUUUAAUUUGUCACUUGUGGAUCAGUUUCUUCUCUCACACAUGUAAAUGCCUUGUUUUUUCUGCACAAUCAUCGUUGGAUACAUUUAAACUGCAUGUUGAUCACACUCUGCAAAGACUAUGUUACUAGAAUCCCUUUUUUUGUUUUUGCACACUUACAAACUGUAAAUAGCACCACUUUUAUUUUAUGUAGUCAGUCAUCCACUGAAAAGUUAAUAAAUUGGAGAAUAAGUUAA